AGCCAUAUUGAGGAGAUCAAGGAAUUCUAUAUGAUUGAAUUAUAUUAAUUAUAUUUGAUUUUUUAAUAUAAAAUAUAAAAUUUAAUUAUGAAUAGAAAAAGGAAACUUAAAAAUGAAGGACAUGAUAAUAAUAUCAAUGUUGUUAUAAAAGUUCCUCUCCUCUCCUUAUUUUACUUAUCAUCCAAGUUAGUUAUUUGCUUUUCGUUUGAUUCAAUAUUCUUCUUCAUUCGUCACAUAUUAUAUAUUCUUAUAACUCAUGAUUCCAUUCUUUUUCUUAACUUUAUAACUCUGUUAAUCCUAUAGUUCCUUGACUAACUCCGCAACCAAACAAUUAGAAUAUAUUCGGAUCAGAAGAUCAGUUCUCGAUCCAAUGCAUAUAUAUAAUAAGGAUGACCAUGCAUGCAUGCAGCAGAACAAAUUAAAAGUGUUCAAAAGUAAAACAUGGAAUUAGAUAAUGCAUGCCAUUCUCUGCCCGCUGACAUCGAUACAAAUGGAGUUGUAAGAUCAAGUAGAGAUCUUCCGCCAGCUGAUUACACAUUUCAAAUCAAGAAUUUCUCGGUGCUGUUUGAGGCAGAGGUUGAGAAAUGUGAAUCGGGCCAGUUUGAAGUUGGCGGCUACAAUUGGAGAUUGGUACUCAAAACAAAUGGGAAGAAGAAUAGUAAAAAUCAUAUCUCCUUAUAUUUGGCAAUAAUAAAUCAAAGUACUCUUUCGCUUGGAUGGGAGGCUAACGUAACUUUCAGAUUCUUUGUGUUUGAUCAAAUACGAAACAAGUACCUGUGUAUUCAAGAUGCAGAUGGGAGUGUAAGACGGUUUCAUAACUUAAAGACUGAAUGGGGGUUCGCUCAAUUACUUUCGCACGACACCCUCAACGAUCCUUCAAAUGGUUAUAUUGUUGAUGAUUCUUGCAUUCUUGGGGCUGAAGUUUUUGUCAUCAAAGGUAGUGGCAGGGGAGUGUGCUUGUCGAUGAUAAAACAACCUCAAACCAAUUAUUUCAGUUGGAGGGUUGACAACUUGGACGAGCGGAAAGACAAGUAUUGUUUCUCUGAUGAAUUCAGUGUUGAAGGGCGUAAAUGCAGUGACGUCGUUGGCCUUGAUGCCCCGACAAAUUGGUUUCUGAGAGAUCUCAAGGAUCCAUCAAAUGGCUACUUAGUGGAUGAUGCUUUGUUCGUUGAAUGCAAAAUUGAUGUCAUAUCUGAAGUGAAGGAUUUCUCCGGAUGA